UCCCAACUCAAAUUCUCUUCUCCUCCCUCUGGCGGCGGCGGCGAUUACCAGGGCUGGCCACCGCAGCAGCACGAUGGUGGCAUCAUGGAGGGAAGAAGUGUCGGCGCAAUCACGACAUGCAGUCAUCAACGAGAUGUGCUCCCAGCUGCUUCGCUUGCAUAGGGGAGACAAGGAACAACUACAACAGACCGUGAUGAAGUACGAACGCGCAGUGUGGACGAAGUCCGCCGACAAGGAGGCGUAUUUAAAGACGUUGAAAGCGAAAAUGCUUACGUUCAAACAGCAGCCCACCCCCAACGACGCGACACCGGUGUCCCCCAUGGUGAUGCUUCCAGCGAACGGCGACAUGAGCGUGCCGGCGAGUCCUCAAGUGAAGCAGAUGGAGACUACAACGUUGAUGGACGUGGACAUCAUUCCCUUUUCAGAUCAAUUGCAGCAGCAGCAGCAGUCGUCGUCAUCCCCGCCACAGCCUCCGACGAACUUGAUGCAACAGCAGGAAUCCAGUACGAUGACCUCGUCCACACUCCACGAACAGUACCAGCAUCGACGGGUGGAACUGAUCAAAAGCCAAUACAACGAGACGCAUCAGUGUUGCCAGAGCCAGUUGGUCCAGCAGACGCAGCUGUCGGCGUCACAUGUCCAGCAAAACACCCCCAUGGUAACACAUCCAAGAUAUGGAUCAUGUGACACGGGCGAUGUAGGCGGCCCGACAGCUUCAAAUGACCAUGCUGCAACUCCAGCACGACAUGGCGCGGAACAACCUGAUGCAGCACCACAUGAACCAGCAAAACAACCUCAUCCAGCACCACUACCAGCAACUGCUGGCGCUCGCCAACCAAGAAAUCAGCAUCUAAAACCAUCGAUUUGUCCAGUGUCAUAGUUGUAGUGUCUUCUUUCCUAUCAUCAGUAGUACAUAAACCAUAUAUAUAUAUCUUGGAGAGAUAUAGCGGCAAAGUGCCGCUGUGUGCUAUUAAACCA